AAUAAAAGUAGUGUCACUUUCGGUAACCACACUUGAAAUCACAAAUACAAUGGCAGGUGAAGCUAGUCAUAAGAAAAAAGGUAAACUAUCCCGUCAAGAAUCAAACAGAUCAGGUAAAGGUUCAGAAGUUGAAGAUAGGCCUACAGCCGGUGCCAGCAACACCCAAGACAAGACUAGCGGAGGUCUUCGCGUUUAUAAAAUAGUCGUCUUAGGAGACGGAGGCGUGGGAAAAUCUGCCGUCACUCUUCAAUUUGUAAACCACAGUUUUUUGGACUAUCACGACCCAACCAUAGAGGACUCGUAUCAGAAACAGGCCGUAAUUGACGGCGAAGCGGCCCUUUUGGACAUUUUAGAUACGGCUGGUCAAGUCGAAUUUACAGCAAUGCGUGACCAAUACAUGCGCUGCGGCGAGGGCUUCCUGAUCUGCUAUAGCGUCACGGAUCGACACAGCUUCCAAGAAGCGCUCGAAUACAGAAAACUUAUCCAGAAAGUGCGAGCUUCCGAAGACACACCCUUAGUUCUAGUCGGCAACAAAUUCGAUCUUCAAUUGCAGAGGAAAGUCACGACGGAGGAAGAAAUGAAUCCUCCGCCACCUGCGACCUUAAAUAAAGAAACAAUAGGAGUCUGGCACGGAUGGAGCAACGUUGGUGAUAAGGAAGUAGCCAGAGAGGCAGCAGCAAAGGGUUCACAUGUCAGUUUAGCAAUUCAUUUUCUCUCGUUACGAAAAAGAAUUACUUUGGAAGAAGCCCAAGUCUGGUUCAGAGAAGAAGUAUUAAAAUGGGUACAUGAAUUAUUGGACAGAAAACAAAUUUUCCGGGCUUCCCAUGUUUUGACCAAUAUUGGAAUUGAUCCAGGUGCAGAAUUUUCCAAAAUUUUUUAUACCACAAGCAACAAAAAUAUGAGGGAAUAUAUUGGAAAUCAUCUCAUGAAAAUUGAAAAACUUGAUGAAACUUUGCAACAAUUAUGGACUUUUCUUAAUCUGAUUUUGGAAAAUGCGAUCACGAUUUCAAAGUAUAAAUUACCCACAGAAAGUUUGGAAUGUUUGGAUAAACACAGUGAGGGUUUCAAGGCAGAAGUGGCUACAGUUCUAUUAAUGAAAACAGAAGACACUAGACUAAAUACGUUUUUAAAUGCCGAAACGCUUUGGAAAUAUUUGUUGAUCAACAAUGAUCUGAAUAAUUUACUUUUGUGGAUAAAUAUCAGAUACAAAUCUAAAAUAGACGAUAUGUUGGAAGGUAUUUUAAUAGACCAAUUCAAAAAAUUUGCAAUCACAAACGAAAUGUUAAAUUUUCUUGCUGAUGAAUCUGUUGCCACGAAUUUACGACACGUUCUGUAUAAUGAAUUGAGUAAAUUCGGAAUAUUUCAAAACGAGGAGAAAAAUAACGUGAUUUUAAUAUUGGAAAGACUGAAAAAUUCUUAUAGUUUAGCUAAUUUAUACCAAAUUUUAGGAAAAAAUCAGUCGACGAUAAACGUGGAUCAUUUUAUUAAAUUAUUGAUUGAUUAUUGUUUAGAUAAGCAGUAUUAUACAGUUUUAAAUGUUUGCGUGAAAAAUUUUAAAUUGCCGCAAGAUACCAAAGAAUUAAGUUUGAUUGGUGAUUUUCGUUCAUUAGUGAAUGGUUUUAGCGAAUUUUUACUAACUAGAAAUAUUUUAAACGUUGUUGAUACGCUUUCAAAUGACCUUAUAACGUUCUUCAAUGAUAAUCCUUUAAUUUUAUUGACUUUAUUAAUUUUUACUAAAGAAUGUGAUUUUACCAAAAUGAUCGAAAAGUACUCGUUAGUCAUAAAUAAUUUAAAUUUAACCGAUUCUCUCAUAAAUAUGUUAAAACAAAAUGAAAUUUUUAAUACCGUCUGUUCAAAUAAAAUUACCGGACCGCCCAAAUGUGAGUUGUCCAUUUACGAUUUAAUUGAGAAACAUCUGAAAAUCGAUAAGCAAUUGUUACUUGAAUUAAAAUCAUUAAAUAAUCAACUUGCGCUUUUCUAUACUGAAGUUAUUCAAAAAUAUGGCUACUCGAAAAAAAUCGACUACAAAUUUUACUUGAAAGAAGCAAGACCGAGCGUUGCUGCGAAAAAAUACAUUUUGGGUGAAUCACACGAUUUGAAAAUUUUAGAUCGGAAAAACUGCAAAUUGGCAAUUAUGAAUUUUGAUUGCGAUGAAAUCGGGUCGAGUUGUGUCGCUUUUAGUGAAAUGGUCGGAGCUGAUUCGAAUAAAGUGCGAGUUUUGAUUCGAGUUGCAAAAAUUUUGAGUGAGUCCAAGUACGAAAAAGAGUCACUUUUGGAGUUGCUUUUAAACGAGGAUGACCCGUAUGUGGUACAAAACGUUCUUGAAAAAAUCCUUAUCGAAUCAAUUGAAUGUAACCCAUUUUUGAGCGGCUCUCAGCUCGUGCAAGCCUUGAAACUUUACGAAAUCACAAUCCAAUUUAGCAAAAUCACAAAUAUUAAACUACCCGAGCUUUUUUUCAAAUCGUGCGCAAGUCGUAAUUUGUGGCUUCCGUUUCUGUUGUUGGCCCAAAUCCAUGAUUAUCCUCUCGAUCAGAUCAAACUACUGAUCCAGUUGUUCAAAAGUCCGAAUAUGUUGGAACAUUUAACACACGGAGUCGUUAACGAUAUCCAAGUCGAGGAGAAAAACGUCUCUUACUCCCGAAAGAGUCUCAUGCUCAAAGUAGGUCUGCACAAAAAUCUCGACAUUUUGAAUCAAUACGCUUCGAUGUCCGGAAAAUCGCAAUCGAGUCUUGAAAGUGGGGGAAGUAGUUCAAGUUCAGAUUUUUUCGAAAUUGAUGUUUCCAAUAUCAAAGCGACUCUGCUCCAGACUUUAAUUAGGUGUCACAAUAGUACGGAUCCACCCAAAGCUUUGCUGCAGGCCUGCCAAUUGUAUCGGAAUCCGUUGUUGGCGGUUUUUGCGACAAGCUAUGAGCCUGACUCGAUUAUAACGAAUUGGUUGACUUGGCUUUCGGUUUCAUGUGAGUUGUGUAGAGUUUUCACAAAUUAUGAAACGACAGCGAUUUCGGCGAACUCAGUUACGAAUUUGUUGGAGGAUUGUUUAAAGAGUAAUUAUCCAAAGACAAUUCUGGAGAGUUUUGAAAUUUUUAUUCCUGAGAAUCCGUUACGAACCUUUAUGGAAUUUUUGCUUUGCUGUUACCACCUUGAUUUCACAAAUCCCUCUUUAGUACAAAAAUUAGAAACAUUCCAAACCAUGUUGAAAAACUUGCGAAAAAACAGCAUAAUCAGCGAAGCCGAUCACGAAAUGACUUACUUGAAUAACAAAAUCUGGAUAGAAACCACCGCAAUCCGACUCUUAUCCGCACUUUUAGAAUUUAACUGCAAUUCGAUGUACGAACAAAUCCUAAUAGUCGAAAACUUGUACAAGAUUCAAAUUUGGAAAUACUUCUCGUCUGAUUACCCAAACUUUUAUAACUUGUUAGAAAUUCUGAAAGCACUCUAUUCUAGUAAUUGUGGAGUCAGAUUGAAUAUCAGUUUAAUGUUUGAAACGAAAAAUUCGCGUCAAGCCAUUAUCCAAUGUAUAAACGCGUUAUUAGAAAAACAAAAAUUUUCAGUAGCUUUAAAAAUCUCUCAAAUCGAAAAUCUUCCUCCUGAUCUCAUUCUGACGAAAGAAUGGCAAAAUAAAAUGAAUGACCGAAAUGAUGAGAAUUUUUGGAAGGUUUGUAACGAAACUUUUGCCAAACAUAACGUCACAGCUGAUUGCAUCGUGGAUUUUUUCCUCGAAUGUUCAGAACAGACUUCCGAUCUAUUCGAAAAAUUUACUUUACUAAAGCUGGCAUGGGAGUGGUCGGAAAAGUACGAUCUGUCGUCACUGUAUGAAAUCGAGAAAAAAAUGUGGAUUGCGUUUUUGUAUUUGGAUGACAAACAUCGAGAUCUUGACAUUUUCGAUAUCAAAGAAUCGACGUAUCUUUAUAAAGACUUGAUUGAAAUGUUGAAAGAUGUGAGUCAAUACGAAAGUGACUUAAGUAAAGAUUUGAUGAAUCAGUUGGAACGAAUUGUUGCUAUUGUUCUUAACAAAAAGAACUUUUGGUUGGCUUUGAAGCUUCAGAAAAUGUUUGGCUGCAAAAGUGCCGAUUUGGAAACUCUUAAGUUGUGUCACAACCUAGCUGAAGGAAUUUUACUGCCUUAUCAGUUGGCUGCUGAGCAACGUUUGUUACUCUCAAAUGUCAACUACUUGAGGACUUACAGUCGCAGAAGAACUUUAUUGUCGACGAGGUUUUCAAGUUUUAGUUCAUCAUCUCACAGUCCGGCGAAUUCUCUACAGAUGAUGCAAACUGUAGAUAAUGUGGAGUCUUAUACCAACGAUACUUUGGCCAUUUUAAAGUUGCUUUCGGAACAUUUGCAUAGUGGAGUCGAGAUUGGACAAAAGAUUUUUAUGAAUUAUCGAAUUAGUAUUAAUAUUGAGGUGCCAUAUCAGGUUGUUGUGAUGACAACUGAUUACAUGAAGAUUUUGAAAGAUGCCUUGGAAGAUAAUUGUAUGAAUAAGAUCGAUGUGGUCCAUGACUUUAUUUGGGCUUAUAAAUGGUCGAAACAUGAGGUUGCUGAUUUUAUCUGCGAAGAGCUAAUAAACUCAACUGCUUCCUAUGUAGACUCCAACAACGACCACUUAACGAUGUGGGAUUUAAACAUCGAUCAAGAUUUCCUUCUAAUUCUCCAACUUUUACAAGACAACUGUUCAGUUCUAGGUCACAAAAUCUACUCGUAUGCCAGCACUUUACACAAAUCUCACAUCGAAUCCGACUACUCUUUCAAACCAUCGGACCUUUCACUCGUUAUUGAACUAUUGAUAAGAGCCCACGACUGUUUCACCACCGACUGCAACAUGGAAGGAAUUUCAAUUGUCUUAAAAAAAUCAAAAGAAGUCGUCGCGAAUUUACUAAUCCUCCAGGACUGGAAAUUAAUGGUCAGACUUUUGACUGGUGUUGCUAGAUACACGGAAAUGAACUAUGUUUUCCAAAUUCUGAAAGAAAACGACCAAUUUGAAUUUCUCCUGCGCAAAAAUUUACGAAAAGAUAACACUCUUAAAGUCGCUUUGUUGGAAUAUUUGAAGAAGUUUUGUCCCGAUAAUCGUGACCUUUAUAAAAUAGUAGCCCUUCACUUUACACUCUUUUCUGAAGUUGCGAUUCUGUGGGAAAGAGAGGCGCAAAAUAACGUCAAAAAUUUGAUUUCGAUUUCAAAGUUGGAGAUGCAAAAUAACAAACUUAACAUCGAUGAAGAACCGUUUUUACUGUUCGAGAACACCCAAGGCACGAAAAUUUGUUUAAAUAAAGCAAUGGAAAACUAUAUUCAUGCAACUGAUUUCCAUCUACAGGGCGAAAAAUUAACACUAGCCAUGAAUUCAGCGAAACAAGCCGAAUUGAUUGCUUUGCAGUUGGCACUACUGAACGAAGUUCCGGUGAAUACUUCAGUUGUUUGUUUGUUGAAUUUAAAAAGUGGGCAAAUUGCCGAACUUAUAACGUCAAAAUUGAGUUUUGAGCAAUCGUUGAUUCUGGUCGAGGCUUACAAUUUUCACGCCGAUUGGGCUUCCAUCCUUUACGAGAAUUACGUGGUGAAAAAUAACGCAACAUAUUUGGAGGAUUUUCUUAAACAUUUGCCAUUGACUGAUAAUUUAGCUCAUGAUAUUUCACGGAAGUUUAUAGUCUCGAGUAUAAAUUCUGUGAGUGAAAUAAAAUGUAUGAAGAACAUUUUGAGUCGAUUGCCGUCACUGCAUGUCAAAUACCGCAUUGCUAGUGAGUUAGGGUUUACAGAUUUGGUUGAAGAUUUGAUUGCGAGUGGGCAGUUGGUUUAUUUGAAGGAUACUGUGUGGAAGAAAGGAUACAAGAGUUGAAAACCGUUGCAAUAAAUUCGUGAUUUUAUUUAGAUUUUUUAGUUACAUGUGUAUUUAUAUGUGGCUGUGAUUUAAAAUGUUAUCGAAACAAACUAAAGUUUUAUCUUUUUACUUUAUUCAAUAAAUUUAUAUACCUAUUUAACAUGUGUGUAUAUUGCAA